AUGUUCGCAUCACAGUCGCUAUCGAGAUUACUUUCCGCUCAGGCGAUGUUUCGAUCAUCGCCAGCCACCCAGCCAUUCUCAACCACCACCAUCACCAUCACCACCAUCACCACCAUCACCACCAUCACCACCAUCACCACCAUCACCACCAUCACCACCAUCACCACCAUCACCACCAUCACCACCAUCACCACCAUCACCACCAUCACCACCAUCACCACCAUCACCACCAUCACCACCAUCACCACCAUCACCACCAUCACCACCAUCACCACCAUCACCACCAUCACCACCAUCACCACCAUCACCAACCACCACGCACAACCAGGAUCCGUUCCCCCUCCCGCCGACUGGUCAAUCAUCACUCGCCCGCCCUCGCACGCUCCAUCCAAACCCCAACCCACACACUCCACCCUCCCCCUCCCAUCCCUAGCUUACGCCUAAGUUUAUUUUCAGACCCCGCCGACCCUGUUUUCGUCCCGCCAGGCGGUGAGCUGACUACUGUGGCGGCUGAGCUGACUCCCGUCACGAGGCUGCGCCGCUGGGGUGGUGGUUGCAUACACCGGGUUGACCGGUGGCCUCUGUUUUGCGCGUGCGAAGCGGUGGGAUGAGAUGAGAUGGAAUCAAAUGAGAUGGGGUGAGUAAGUGCGGUAGAGGUGGUAGAGGUGGUAGAGGUGGUAGAGGUGGUAG